ACAGUGAUCAUGUGCCCGGUUGGCAGUGGUCACCGUAUGGGCGAUGCGGACACGUCACUAAGCAGCGUCAGCGUGUGCUUGUGUGGCCUCUCUCACAUGGUGCAAGUAAGAGGCUGGGGAUAGGAGAUGGGGAAGAGGAGGAAGCAGCGGGGAGCGGAGGAUGUGAGCAACCUGAGCAAGAAGCACAGGAAGCACCUGAAGGAAUUUGGGGAGCAGCACCCCUUCUAUGAUCAAGUCUCUAAGAGAGAAGAAAAAACUCAGCUUGUACAGCUGCCUGAUACUUCAGAGGAUGAGUCAAAUCCUGAAAGCGAGGUGGAAAGUGAGCCAGAGAAUGUCAAUAUAUAUCAUCAGCUGCUGGCAACCUUAAAGCAUGUUUCUGAUGAUGAUGAUGAUGAUGAAGAGGAGGAUGAUGAUGAAGAGGAGGAUGAGGAUGACUGUGUUGAAGAUGAGGCACAAGAUGAAGAAAAUGAACAAUUGGUCACUAAUGUAGAAGAUGAGGAUAGUGAAGGAGCAAAUGAAGCCGAAAGUGAAGAAGAGCUGUCAGGAGAUGAUGCAGCAAAAGAGCAUGUUGAUGCAGGGGAGGAUGUGGAAGGAAAAACCGAGCCUGGAGAUCCAGCCCAAGUAGGAGAGGAAUUCACAGAUCUUAAACAUGAAUCUAAAUUUAGUUUAGAGACCAAUUUCAUGGAAGGUGAUGCAGAAGACCACAAGAGCAUCCCAAUAUUGCCCCCUGCUGCGGCCUCUGAAGAUCCAUUUAAGAAGCAUAUCGACCAAGAACUGGAUGAGGACGACAUUAACCAGAUUACAACCAACUCUAAAACAACAGUCUCUUUGAAGUGGUCUACGUUGGGUCAGUUGGUGUUUUCAUCGACCUUUGGAAAGGCUCGUCCAUUAAAAUCGGAGAAAGAAACUGACCUUAAAAAGCUCCAUCUCCACAAGCCACUGCACUCCACUUGGACCAAACUGAACAGUCCUUUCCUAAGAAGGCAAAGUGAUCAGAACUUCACCUCUCUACAGAAAGAACUUUUCACCAUUAUGGGUUCUUAUAAAGACUUGUUUUAUCCAGCCAGGAUGGCAUCAGGGGAAGAGAUCAGACAUGUCUACUGUCUCCAUGCUCUCAAUCAUGUGCUGAAAGCAAACUCGCAGGUCCUCACCAACAAUGCCAAGAAAAGAGAUGAGAAGGCCAUGCUCGAUGAAGAGGACCUACGAGACCAGGGCCUGACCAGACCAAAGGUCCUCAUUGUUGUGCCAUUCCGAGAGUCUGCCUUGCGGGUAGUACAAAUUAUGAUCAGCCUCAUGGAGGUCACUGGUCGGAAAGUUGAAGUGAGCAACAAGAAAAGGUUUAAAGACGAGUUUGGUUCCGAGCCUGAGGAUAAACCCCCCAACCUGAAAAGGCCUGAGGAUUAUGAAGCCAUGUUUGCCGGGAAUAUUGAUGACCAUUUCAGGAUAGGAUUGGCCAUUCUACAGAAGAUCAUGAGACUUUACUCUCCUUUCUACUCUUCGGACAUUAUCAUUGCUUCUCCACUUGGGCUGCGUACCAUCAUUGGUAGUGAAGGAGAGAAAAAGAGAGACUUUGAUUUCCUUUCUUCUAUAGAACUUCUCAUCAUUGAUCAAGCGGAUAUAUAUUUAAUGCAGAACUGGGAACAUGUACUGCACCUGAUGGCUCACCUCAACCUGCAGCCUACGGAGUCUCACGGUGUGGAUUUCUCCCGUGUCCGUAUGUGGAGCCUCAGCAAUUGGUCCAAGUACUAUCGACAAACACUGCUGUUCAGCGCCUUACAGGAGCCCCAAAUAAACUCUUUAUUUAAUAAGCAUUGCUUUAAUUACAGUGGACAAGUGGCGGUGAGGAACAUGCCAAUAACUGGCUCUAUUUCCCAGGUUAUGGUGCAACUCCCUCAUGUGUUUCAGCGAUUAGAGGCGGACAGCUUGCUCUCUGUGAUAGAUGCAAGAUUCCAGUUUUUCACUGACAAGAUCUUGCCACAAUACCGAGACGCCAUUAUGUCGCACACGCUGAUCUUUAUACCUUCCUACUUUGACUAUGUGCGGCUCCGAAACUACUUUCAAAAAGAGGAGCUGAACUUCACACACAUCUGUGAAUACACGGACAAGCGGGGAAUCUCUAGAGCUCGUCAGUUCUUCCUGAAAGGAGACAGACAAUUCCUCCUAGUCACGGAGAGAUUUCACUUCUAUAAGAGGUACACUCUGAAGGGUAUCAGGAACCUUAUAUUCUACGAGCUGCCCACUUACCCUUCUUUCUAUAGUGAGGUGUGUAACAUGAUGAAAGCGUGGCAUCGAGGGGAGGAGGCCACGUGGACCUGCACAGUUCUGUACUCCAAGUAUGAUGCUCAGAGACUGGCUGCCGUGGUGGGUGCAGAGCGGGCAGCUCAGAUGUUGCAGUCAAAGAAAAAUGUGCAUCUCUUCGUUACCGGGGAAAAUAAUUGACUGCGAUAAAGAGACUGAGAACCAUCUACCUAGAACUUUAACUAUAUUUUGUACAGAAUGACUUUUUUACGUGACAUAUAAUAAUAUGCUUUUAACAACUAUAAUAUAGUGACUUUAUAAAUUCACUAUAAUCCAAGCACCA